GAAGUUGAAUUUUGGUUGCUACAACCUCCAAUAACUUCAUUCAACUUGUUCUUAACUUCUCUCCUGAUAUAAAGAUGUUUUCAACAACUUCUGCCUUCCAAUGGCUUCACAAUGACACAAAACCAAGAUAUAUGGCACCACCAUUUUCCACGCCUUCUCAGAAGUAUGCAUACCCAUCACCAAUUCUAUCGUCUGAGGGAGACAACUCUUCGCUCUAUAAUCUCUUAAAGCCUUCAUUCUUCUCAAUCACCUCUUCGUUCCCAUUCAUCCAAUCCUCGACUUCUAACCCUGUAGCUGCUCUGGCCAAGACCGGAGAUGAGGACAACUCAAGCAAAAACUGCUUCUUUGACAUAACUGUUGAUUCUGCUCCCGCAGGUCGCAUCACAUUCAAGCUUUAUGAUAAGAUCACUCCCCGAACUGCACGCAAUUUCCGUGAAUUGUGUACCGGCCAACAUGGAUUUGGAUAUGCUGGAAGUUCUUUCCAUCGUAUUAUUCCACAAUUUAUGUUGCAAGGUGGGGAUUUCACUCGAGGAAAUGGAACCGGUGGAAAGUCUAUCUAUGGUAGAACGUUUCCAGACGAAAAUUUCGAGCUCAAGCACACGAAACCUGGUCAACUAAGUAUGGCUAAUGCAGGUAGAAAUACAAAUGGCUCACAAUUUUUCAUUACCACAAUAGCCACACCUUGGUUGAAUGGCAAACACGUGGUGUUCGGCGAGGUGAUUGAGGGUAUGGAUCUUGUGAAGAGAAUCGAAGGACUUGGUACUCGCUCUGGUACUCCAAGAGCUCGUGUUGCUAUUGUUAAAUCGGGUGUCGUUGAGUAAUGAGACAUCGAAUUAGGACGCUUCGUUUUUAUAUGCUUAGUGGCUGGCUGCUCACAAGUGUUUAGCUAAAUGACCAUAAUAUAUUGCGUGUAUCACAAACUUGACAGCAUAAUUUGUAUUGGCUAGGCAUCAAAUGAUAUCGGUUCAAUUCCUUUGAUCGAACGAAACUUUUUACCACUCGGAUAAGGUUGCAAUGAAUGUACCGUUCUUGUUCCACUACUGACUACUUCGAUGAAGCGUUGAAAACAAUAAAGCUAAUAUUCA